AUGGAUAAGUCAUGGAUUAAAGAAGAUAGGGAUUCAUUACAAUAUGAAAUUGGUGUCGAUAAUUUCCUUAUUUUUGCUGAAGGAAAUACUAAGAACCCUAAGAAAAUACCAUGCCCUUGUGGACGCUGUGUCAAUUUCAAAAAAUUACCGGUCAAAACAAUUAGAGGUCACUUGUAUGCACAUGGAUUUAGCUUAGGGUAUGUUGAGUGGAUUUGGCAUGGGGAAGAGUCUUCUAAGGGUAGCAAGUCAUCUGUUGGCACGAGUCCUGCUUUGAAGCAGACUCAUACAUUGGAAACAAAUGAAAUAUAUGAAACAGCCUACAAUGAUGGGGAUUAUGAUAAUGAGUCAUUCGAGUUCAAGAGGUUUGUGGCAGAUGCUGAACAACCUCUGUUUGAGGGAAGUGAUUUUACUAAGUUAGAGUCGAUGUUAAAGUUGCAUAAUUGGAAAGCAAGAUUUGGUAUCAGCGAUAGCGCCUUCACUGACUUGCUUGGUUCUGUUGGUUCUAUCCUAGCUAAAGACCAUGUGUUGCCUAGUAAUUCCUAUGAAGCCAAAAAAACCUUGUCAAAUUUAGGACUUGAAUACAAAAUAUUCCACGUUUGUUCGAAUGAUUGUGUGUUGUACAGGGGUGCAUAUAGUGAGGCAAAUGAGUGUCCCAAUUGCAAUUUAUCUCGCUGGAAAAUUGCAAGAGAUGGUAAAGUAAGGGUCAAUAUACCAGCGAAGGUUAUGUGGUAUUUUCCUAUAAUUCCCAGGUUUAAACGCUUGUUUAAGUCAGAGUCAACUGCCAAACUAAUGACUUGGCAUGAGAGCAAUCGAAUCGAAGAUGGCCUCAUGCGCCAUCCAGCAGAUUCUCCAUCUUGGAGAAAUAUAGAUUUUCGGUGGCCUGAGUUUGGUGCAGAGGCCAGAAAUUUAUGUCUAGCACUUGCAGCAGAUGUUAAUGACUUCCCUGCAUACGGGAAUCUGUCCGGGUCUGUGAAUAAGGGUUAUAAAUGCUAUCCAAUAUGCGGUGAUGAUACUAGAGCUAAAUAUUUGAGUCACAGUAGGAAAAUGAGCUACCAAGGUCAUCGCCGUUAUUUAGGUAGACACCAUCCCUAUAGAAGGCAAAAGGCUGCAUUUGAUGGUGAACAAGAAUUUGGACAUGCACCUAUACCCCUGUUUGGAGAGGAAGUGCUAAAGUAG